AUGAUUAGAUAUGUCGUAUUCCUCGUUCUUCUCUCAAUUUGGGCUAGUGUUGAAGGUCGAAGUAUCAAUCGAUUCUUAACAGAAGAAUCGACAGGGACCAAAUGGGCUGUACUAGUUGCUGGCUCCAAUGGAUGGUGGAACUACAGGCACCAGGCUGAUGUAUGUCACGCAUACCAAUUACUGAAGAAAGGAGGUCUGAAAGAUGAAAACAUCAUCGUAUUCAUGUACGAUGAUAUUGCUAACAAUAGCGAGAACCCCAGACCUGGAGUCCUCAUCAAUAACCCACACGGUCAAGAUGUUUAUCAAGGUGUUCCUAAGGAUUAUGUGGGUGAAGAUGUUAAUGCUGACAAUUUUUUCAAUGUUAUACUUGCCAACAAAAGUGGUAUCACUAGGGGUAGUGGGAAAAUUUUGGACAGUGGCCCAAAUGACAAUAUUUUCAUCUAUUAUACUGAUCAUGGUGGCCCUGGAAUUGUCUCAAUGCCAACUGGAAUUGUCUAUGCGAACGAUCUGAUUAACGUGUUGGAAAAGAAGCAUGCUUCUGGGACAUAUAGUAAAAUGGUAUUUUACUUGGAAGCUUGUGAGUCGGGAAGCAUGUUUGAUGGUCUUCUUCCCGAAGGUCUAAAUAUCUAUGUCACGACUGCAUCAAAACCAGAUGAAAACAGUUGGGGAACGUAUUGUGGUUUGGGUCGUGGUGCUUGUUUAGUUGAGUGUCCUCCUCCCGAGUUUGACGGUGUUUGCUUGGGAGACUUGUACAGUGUUGCUUGGAUGGAAGACAGUGAUGUCCAAGAUCGACAAACUUCAACGUUGGAUAACCAGUAUGACAGGAUUGCAUGCAGAACUGCAGCCAACCUAACAUAUGGUUCCCAUGUCAUGCAAUAUGGUGAUAUGGAGUUAAGUGUUGAUGCUCUUUUCCAGUAUAUGGGUUCUGUUUCCACAAGCCAUAGUCAAGCUCCCAGUCCCAUGGCAGCUGCUCCCAGUCCCAUGGAUGCCGCGUCAUUCUUGACAUCCUCAGAAAAUGUGAACCAACGUGACACUGAACUUUUCUACUUGACAUCCAAAUACCAAGGUGCUCCUGAAGGCACUAACGAGGAAUUUGCAGCUGAUCGGAAGCUUAAUGAGGUUGUAGCACAAAGAAGUCAAGUGGAUAACAACGUAAAACGUCUUGGAGAGCUUCUGUUUGGAGUCGAAAAAGGUAAUGAGGUGCUGCAGAGUGUUCGACCUGCUGGACAACCACUUGUUGACGAUUGGGAUUGCCUUAAAUCCUAUGUCAAGACAUUCGAGGCACACUGUGGAAAAUUAACCGCGUACGGGAAGAAACAUGUACGUGGUAUCGCCAACAUAUGCAAUGCUGGAAUUGAGAGUGAGGAGAUGGUUGAUGCAACUGCACAAGCAUGUUCAGACCCCGAUAUUUCACAAAGUGUUAUAUACUCUAAGUCUGCUAAGAGACUAUGGGAUAAAUUGAACCAAAGGUAUGGGCAAGCAAAUGGUGCUAAGAUGUAUGAAGUUCAAAAAGACCUAAGCACUAUAUUUCAAGGUUCUUCUGAUGUAGGAAGUUAUUUCACUAGGGUUAAAAGACUCCAGGAUGAAAUGGAGUCACUUGAUGCUGAUUCCUUUUGUGUUUGCGAAUGCAAAUGUGGAGGUAAACACAAAAUGAUCAAAAGGAUGGAAAAUCAGAAAUUGAUGCAGUUUUUGAUGGGUUUGAAUGAGGUAUUCAACAAUGCUAGAGGAAAUAUUCUGAUGAUGCAGCCACUUCCUGAAGUUGGCAAGGCUCAUUCUCUGGUUGUUCAAGACUAG